AUGCCCCACGACGGCUUCCGCUUGAUUCAGAAUGCCUUCGUCAAGGCCUACAAGGCGGGGUCUUCCUCUCCGGUGAUCACCGGGGACAACAUAGUAUACUGGUACAGAAUCCAAUCGGUCAACGCCCAGUGCAACGACGCGACCGGUCGGCCGGAGGGAUACCAAUAUGUUUCGGACACGCUGUUCGUCGUCACGCUGUUGACCUCGCCGGCCCAGCUGGUCGUAACUUCGGGGGGGCAGUCGUCGACCUUCAACGUUGCCGCCGGCGCCGUCAUGUCUCAGGUGGCCAUCGGCGCAGGUCAGCAAUCGUUCAGUCUCAAACGGAACGGGCUGACUGUACUCUCCGGAACGUCGGCUCGCGACUUCACCACUGACUGCCCAUCAAACGUCUAUAAUUUCAAUGUCUACGUCGGAACUAUAUAA